CGGGCCGCAGAGCCGCAGCCGCAGCCCUAGUUCCGUCAGAAAUCCCCCUUCUCGAGUCCAUCUCCAUCUCAUCCCUCCCACCCCAAUACAUCCGGCCGGCGCCAUCCCGGGCGGCGCGCACGCGAGGGUGACCAUCGAACCCUAGCCCCCGGCCGAGCCGCUCGCCCGCCGUGCAUCGCGGGAUCGCUCGCCCCCUGCCGCGCGGCCGCUCUGCGCCGACCCUAUUAGAAUCUCCGUCCGACACCGCUUGGAUCCGAUAGAGAUGGAAUCACCACCCCUCACAGCUGAAGCAAUUGCUUUUACCGAGAAAAAGAUGGACAUGACUUUGGAGGAUAUAAUCAAGAUGUCAAAGAAAAAGAAUCCUGGAGGCAAGAAACCUCCCAGGCAGCCGAUCAAAAAGCGUCCAUUCCAGAAUGGCAACUCUAAUAAAGGGAAUGGCAAGGUUCAACAGUUUAUGGAAUCUAGAUCAACCAUUAGACAAGGUGUUCUUGCACAGAGAAGGUCAAAUCUUGGUGGAAGUCAGUUCCCUGCUACAAAGCAGGCUGCAAAGAAGGCUGCUGCUAUGCCAAUGCGCAACGGGGCUGUGCGUUGGAACAAGCCAAGUGGAAGUACCUUAGUGCAGAGGAGGCCUGUAGGUGAUGCUUUUCAGAAUUCCAAGGUCGAGUCGUCGCAGAACCAGGCAGCACCAAGGACGAUGGAUGCACUCUUUGCACAGAUGAAGGCGCAACGCAUGAGGACCGUACCACAGCAGCAGGCAAACCCUGCCCCUGGGCGUCAUUUCAACCAGCAGCGACGUGUUCAGCAGCAGCAGAGGCGAGGUAGAGGAUAUGGUGGCCGGAAUGUUGGCAACCAAUGAAUUCAACUAAGCAUAUCUGCUGCAUCGAAGCCCAUUCUCUUCACUGGUCUUACGGACCUUGGAAGAAAAGACGCCCCUGGGAAAAUCUAACUUGGCUUUGUUUUUUUAGAGGAAAGGUUGUGGACAGAAUAUGAAGCGAAGUUUGUGUGGAGUUUUCUAGUUACCUGCUUCCGUUUCAACAUGUAUAAUGACCUAUGGAAAUUAUUUGGUGCUACAUUAUGAUGUCGUGUUUCUUGAGUUGAUUAGGUUCAUCUCUUCUUCAAAAGAAUUAGGAGUAAUUUGCCUUUUACCCUAUGAUGUAUAAAUUUUAAAAUACCAUUCCUGUGAGGUUGACAAGCUAGGUAUAUGAUACUCUUUUCGUUUCAAAA